AUUGCGACUGUUGGGAAGCUGUUUCUCUUCCCUUGUCUCUCUCCGCUGUGAAAAUGAAAGGAGACUCACACCAAGAAAAUCUCCCGCCCUCCCCCUCUAUCUCUGACAAAAUGGACGGAAACCCAGACCCAGAACAAGAAGCCCUCCACCACAAAGGUCUUGCGGAGGACAAAUUCAAGGCCUCAAAUCUCAAAUCCGCUAUCAAGCACGCCAAGAAGGCCAAUCGCCUGGCGCCCAACCUUGACGGCCUCUCCUCAAUGAUCACCGCCUUCGAAAUCCUACGUGCCUCCGCGGAAUCCACUGGAGAUGCCGCUCCCGAUUGGUACAAAGUCCUCCAGGUAGAACCCUUCUCUCACAUUAACAAUAUAAAGAAACAGUACAAGAGACUUGCGCUUGAUUUGCACCCUGAUAAGAAUUCCUAUUUGGGAUGUGAAGAGGCGUUUAAGCUUGUGGGUGAGGGGUUUAGGGUUUUUUCAGAUAAGAUAAGGAGAAAGGAGUUUGAUAUGAAGCUGAGGUUAAGGAUUCAAGGAGAGAGGAUGAGUGGUGGUGGUGGUGGUGGUGAGAAGGAGGAGACGUUUUGGACUGCGUGUACGAGGUGUAGGUUGUUGCACCAGUUUGAGAGGAGGUAUUUGGGGUAUAAUUUGUUGUGCCCGAAUUGUAAAGUGAAUUUUGUGGCUGUAGAGGUUAAGGAGGAAAGUGUCAAGGAGGAGAAAGAGAAGGAGGAGGAGGAGAAAGAGGAAGAUGGGGUUAAGGUUUGGAGUAAGAGAUUGAGGAGCAGUGUGGGUUUGAAGCGGAAAUCAAGUGAUGAUCUUGGUGAGGGAAUUGGGGGCCGGAGAUCGAAAAAUAAAAUGGGUAGUGCUGGUUUAAACAGAAAAGUGGUUGGUCGUGAGAAAAAUGGGGAUUUGAAGGGGAAAGAUCGUGGUGGGGAGAAGGCUGGGGAAGGUGAUGGUGCUGCAGAAUGGGGAGGUGGGAGGUUGAGGAGUGUGGCUUUGAGGAGGAGAACCAGUAAUCUUGGGGAGGUGUUGGAGAGGGCGAAUCCAAAGCAAGUGAAAUCUGUCGUGGAUACUAUGACACUGGCAGAGAUGCAGUUGGAAGUUAAGCGCAAGGCAAGUCAAGAGAGAGUAAAAAUGAAGGAAAAGAUGAAUGUGGAAGAGAAGGAGAAGGAAAAGGAGAUGGACAGUGCUCUGAAAAUGUCUAGAGAUUUCGAGAUUGGGAGAAAUAAAGGCUCAGAUACAAGUGGGCAUAUGGGAAGUCUGACUCGGAGAACUUCUAAGAAGAGUAGAAACUUAGAAGCUGAUAGGUUUUCUCAAAAGAGUGCAGGUAUGGCAAUUGAGAGACACAGGAGUUCGAAGAAGGGGGAUUUGGAAAUUAUGGCAGCCGAGGAUUCUGAUUUUUAUGAUUUUGAUAAAGAUAGAACAGAGAGAACUUUUAAGAAAGGGCAAGUCUGGGCUAUAUAUGAUGAUGAUGAUGGAAUGCCUAGACAAUACAUUUUUAUAGAUGAGAUUGUUUCAGUUUACCCGUUUGAGGUGAAGUUGAGCUGGUUGGAUCUGCAAAGUAAUGGAGAUGAUGGGUUGAUGUGUUGGGAGAAAAUGGGAUUUCAUGUAUCUUGUGGGAGAUUCAAAGUUGGAAAGACAACCUCUUCAAACUUAGUCAAUAUCUUUUCACAUAUUGUGGAUUGUGAAAGGGCAGCAAGAGAAAUUUAUUGGAUUUAUCCAAAGAAGGGUUCGGUCUGGGCAAUUUACAAUGAAGCAGCUAUGGGUGCAGAGGGAAGAAACCUUUCAGCUAGAGAUAAGAAAAGCUAUGACAUUGUUGUGUUUCUGACAACAUACAGUGAGAUGCAUGGACUGAGCAUGGCCUACCUUGAGAAGGUUGAGGGGUUCAAGAUUCUAUUUAAGAGACGAGAGAUUGGUUCUCAUGCCAUUAGAUGGCUAGAAAAAGAUGAUAUCCGCUUGUUUUCUCAUCAGAUUCCUGCAAGAAAGCUUUCUGGAGUUGAAGCUCCAGAUCUUUUGAAAGACUGCUGGGAACUCGACCCUGCUUCUCUUCCUUCAGAUAUGCUUAUUGGUUGGGGUAGAUGACGAUUGGCUGAGCAUUAUUGUAUGGCUUCCCCUUUUUAGCAAUAAAUCAUGGAGAAAAAAAGCUUCAAGGAAAA